CAUCUUCACCCCCCCCACACACACACCAAGGACGUGUAUACGUAUAUAUAUAUACACAUGUGUAUCUAUAUAUAUUUACAUAAACACACGACAUGUCAUACUCAAACCUCUUUGUAUUUAUUAUUCUUACUAUAAAUAAUUCAUAACUCAUAACUCUCCCUCAAAGUUUUCUUUGCCACCACCAUUCCAUUUUCCCUUUUCCUCUCUCUCUCUCUCUCUCUCUCUACCAAAACCCUUCUUUCUCUCUCUCUCUCUCGAGACAGCCAUGGGUGGCGCCGACGAGGAGUGGGUUAAAGCCGCCAUGACGGAUGACAUGAUGGUGGUCGAGCUCUUGGUGCGUCUUCAUCACGCACCGCGGCGGCAGCCGCCUCUCAAGCCUGUUGCUGCUGCCUUGCCACUGGAGUGGAGCGUCCGUCAACGCAGGUCAAAGUCCGUUUCGGUUAACAACCACCCGAAGAAACCGGCUCACAGGGCCAGCCCCACCACGCCGCUUUCCUGGAGCGGCGCCACAUCCUUCAGCGGUGGCUCCGCUGGCGCCGGAGGCGUCGGUUCUGAAGAGUCUAGCCGACCAGUACCCCUCAAACUCUCCAACACAGCAAGAUCUAAGGUUAAUGCCGAUAAUGACAAAACCACCUCCAAGAGGUCAAAAAAGAAGAAGACCUUGGUAGAACUCAAGGACGAAGAAAGCUGGCUGUUGAAGGAAAGAAUAGAUUUGAAAAGGAGAAUGGCAGCGUUACGGAUGAAUUUGGAGAGACAAAGGGCCACAAAUGAAAACUUGAAGAGAAUGAAGAUUGACUUGCAACCCCAUUUGAAUAGAGAAUCUACAUCCGCAGCCGAGGAAUCAACUUCUGGUCAACCUCAGCAGGACUUGACAACAUUUGUGAUGCCUCCGGCUGUCUCAAUCAAUGAUGGUUCACUACAACCGUCUACAUCAAAUGCCCAUCCUGACGAAAAUGCAGAUGCAGCAUCGGAUGCUAAAUUCAUCCUUCCGGAUCUAAAUAUUCCGUUCGAUGAGCCCAGCCCUGAUGUUGUUUGUGGAGUCAGCUAGACCGUACUGGUAAAUCUGUUCUCGGCUUAGCCAGAAUUAUUACACAAAUGGCAACCAUACUACACAAGGGCUAACUUUUCUUUAGGACGAAGUAAUGUAACUGUACGAUAGAACGAAUCCCCCCUCCAACAUUCUUUUUGUUUAGUACGUACAAAUGGAAGUUCUGAGGAUUAGUAUAGCGAUCCUAACGAGUUAAACGCAGCCAUAAUUCUUUUCUUCACAGUUUCUUUACUGUCUAGUUGACCGAGGGGAGUCUCGUCCUUCCUCGUCCUCCUCCAUUUGUAUUUCCUUUCUGGAAAUGUUUAUAACGAAAGAUGUAACCUGUCUUAUGGAAGAGUUUGGAUGCACAUGUUAUUUCCUCAAAGGAAAUACUUUGAGGAGGUUACUUA